AUGAACAAGCCAAGGAGCGAGGCAACGGAUAAGAUGAACGAAAAUAAAAAGUUGGAUAUCAUUCGGAGCAUGCUGCACACCCUACUGGGGGACUCGGAGAAAGAAAGGAAAGAGGACGAUGAUGUGGAGGAGGGAGAAGUAGCAGAAGGAGAUAAUAAUCCACUGCAGUGCGACCCGCGAGGUGACCAGCGCAACGUAUAUAAUGACACAGAGAAGAAAAAAAAGGAAAAAAACAAUUUGAAGAAAAAGUAUGUAGAAAAAUCCAAACAAGUUAUAUCUUUUUACAGAAAUUACAUGAACAAGUCAGAACAAAAAGAGCUGGAAAAGUAUGACAAUCUUUACGACAUCGUUUUAAAUAAUUCCUUCGAACAUACAGAAAGGGACAACAUAGACACAUACAUGUAUUGUAACGUCUUCCCGAUGUUAAAGAAAACUUUUGACGCGUUUGUUGUUUAUGUAGCCAAAUUAAAUGAACAUAAAAAUGAUGAAAGUUACAAACAGGUGAUAAAAAAUUUCGACCCAAUUUUAUUGUUCUCUCAAUAUAUUAUACGCUUGACGGAUGAAGACUUUUCCCAAAGUGAUCAGGAGAACAGCUUGUUUGAAGAAGAACUCAGUGGAUGUUUCUCUCCAGGGGGAGAUUUCCAUAAGAAGGGGACUCUUGAAUUGGACAGACUUAUCCAAAACGAAUGCUUCGUUAUCAAUGGUGAGAUGUCGACCAGUGGAACUGACCUGGGUCGUACUACUGAUGGGAAAAAAAAAGACGCAGAACUGACACAAGCUGAAAAAGAAAUUAACGAUUUUUACAACAACUAUGACCUAGUCCAGGAAGAAAAUAAACUGAAAAGGACGCAAAAAAGAAGGGAUAUUUUGAAAUCUAUUUAUAGCAAGAAAAACGUUUUGUCAGCCGAUGAGAUAGCCUUAUAUAAUUCGUACUAUGAGGAGCGUAUAAAAGUGAGGGGUAAGAAGGUGUUAGCUGGUAGGCGCGAUUCAUCACUUAGCCUGAACUUGGCUGCGACCAACUCGUUUGGAAAUGUCGCUGUGGCUCCUAAUGCGUUUAACAUAACACUCGAUUUGGAGGAGUCGCGUGGGGGGGGAAGUGGCGAUGCAAAUGGGGGUGGAGAAGAACUCCAGGUUAAGCAGCAGGGGCACCCCAACGUGGAUCCCCCUUGCGAUGACCACCCAAAUGGAGUAAACGAAAAUCUGGAUGAGCUAAUCAAACAACUGGAACGAAGAGAAAGCUCCUACUUCGAAAAGAGGAUCCACUUUGUGUUAGACAAAUGGGUGCGAGAAGAAGAUGGACGCAGACUCAUAAUCAAGCAAAAGGAUAAAAUAAGAAUCAUAUUCGAUGAAUUCAAGAAGAAAAAUUACACCAUCACAGAUAAGGAUAUCAUUCCGUUGCUAUUCUUCAUAGACAAAAAAUUAUUCUUAAAUUAUACCCUUGUACAUCAAUACAAUUUUAACAGUUUCCAUUACAUAUUUUAUUUGCAUUCUUCUUUUUAUUGUUCCGAUACGAAUAGCAUCACGUUUGAAGAAGUCUGGAAUUUUCUCGUUUCUAAUUUACCUCUAAAUUUCCAUUUGUAUAAGGAGGAUAUUUUAAUUGGACUGGAGAAAUUUUACAGAAAAAAAAAAUGGUCCGAAAUUUUCAGUUCACCAUUACUUUUGUGA